CCGGACGCGGCCUUGAUCAGCAUGUCUGAGGAGGCGACCGAGCUCCGGCUCCUCGACGUGCCGUCGGAACUGUUAGCGAGCAUUCUGCGGCAAGCGGCGCCGGCCACGCCGCCCCUCACCAUCCACAACGCGAGCGUUGCCGACGAUCGCAGUGGCAGCCGCCGGCCUGGACUCACGGAGCAGCACCCCGCCUAUCCGAUCCUCCUCGCGAAGGUAACGGAGGUGGCACUGCGCUCCGUCUGCACUCAGUUUCGCGCCGUGCUGCCGCUGUCGCAAGCGAGGCUGCUCAACGUCGACUCGCAUCGCAACGCGCCGCGGCGCGAAACCCCGCACCGCGUGCGCGCGGGCACCAACGUGUGGCUGCCGGAGGACGUCGUGCUAAGCGACGACACGCCGACGGUCCUCGCGUACGAGGUGCGCGCCGACAACUCUCAGUCGGAGUGCAUCGGCGCCUUCUCCAGCAGCCGCGUGCGCUGGGCUGGCGGCGGCGCGGGCGAGGACGCUCUCACCUGGUACGCGGCGCCGCACCGGCACGACUUCACCUUCCGCACGCGCAUGUACGAGUUCCUCCACCACAUCGCGCGCCACAACCGCGUGCGGCUGCCUCACGCCCAGUGGGCGCUGGUGAGGGUGGAGCUGACGACGACGCGCGCCGCCUAUUGGGUGGGCGGCCAGCUGGUUGCGGAGGCGGACCUGACGCGCGAGGGGACGCGCCGCGCGACGCUGGGCUGGUUCGGGAUGGUCACCUACACGUCGGCGUACUCGUGGCGCAACGCGGUCAUCCUGCAGCGGCCCGUGAGCGGUGAGUCGCACAUGUAGGGGCCGUGCGAGACUGCGAGUGUGGCAACGGCGGGGUGUGCCGGAGCACCUGGAGCACUUGGAGUGCGGUUGGCACCACCACACCCAGCGUGUCUUCCUGUCUGUGAGAUCGACUCUGAGAUGGGUUAUUGGGUAAACAGAAACAGGUCCCCGGGCCGCCCG